UUGAAAGUUGAAACUGUGUUGAAGCUUUAUAAUUACUUUUUCACUUCGUCUUUCAAAAUAAAUAGAAUAUUUAUUAAAAUCACAAAUUAAAUAUCACUGACUAGACUAUAGAGACAAGCAACGAAUAUUAGCUUUUUUAAUAGUACAUUAUAAUCAUUCUUUUAAGGUUCACAGAAUAAUAUGAAAGACAUGAAUUCUACAAUCGCUAGCAAUAUUUCUGAGAUAGCAAAAUUAGCAAGAAAGUUUAAUUGUUUUUAUUUAGCGGGUCUACAUCAAGGUACUUGUAAACCAUUCUUAGUGGGUGGUCAUCAAGUUGGAUUGAUUCGUCCUGAUAUAUUAAAACAUUUGGAGAGAUUUCCUGAGUGUUAUGUUACAUUAAAGGUUUUUCGAGUUACUGGAAAAUAUGUAGAAUUAAAUCCGGCAUUUAGGGAUUAUAAAGAACGAUCGUCAAGAAUUGCGGCGGUGUUACAAUCUUUAAAGAAGGAAGGCGAAAUAUGUGCUCUCAAGGGUUGGAGAGAUGAGUGUUUUGAAGUGAGCACUCCAUUCUAUCAUGAAAGUCUUAUGGAGAUGGACAGAAGCGCCAUAUGUCUUUUUGGCAUUAGGAAUUAUGGUGUUAGCAUAAAUGGAUACCUUUUCCACCCCAUAAAAGGACUAUGUAUUUGGCUUCAACAGCGAAGUUUUACAAAACAAACUUGGCCAGGUAAAUGGGACUGCUUUGUGAGUGGUGGAUUAGCAGUUGGUUAUGGUAUAAUGGAGACUGCUAUCAAGGAAGUUGCUGAAGAAGCUUCAGUAGUUGGUGAUUUAGCAAAAAAACUAGUUCCAGCUGGCUGUGUCAGUUUUUACUUUGAGAGUGAGCGAGGGUUGUUUCCAAACACAGAGUAUGUGUAUGACCUGGAACUUCCGCAAGACUUUAAGCCUGAAAAUGCUGAUGGGGAGGUUGAGACCUUUGAAUUGUUGACAGCUGAAGAGUGUGUACAAAGGGCUUUAACAACUCAGUUCAAAACCACUAGUGCACCUGUGUUGUUGGACUUCCUCAUUAGACGGGGAUUUAUUAAUCCUGAAAAUGAGCCUAAUUAUCGGCAUAUCAUCGAGUUACUCCACGUCCCCUUGCAAACAAUCUACAAAUGGCCUCAAACGGAUAUUUUGACCAAUGGAGAUGGAGAAAAUCUACAACGUUAACUUUAGUACAAAAAUUGGUAUUUCAGGCCCGUAUUUUUAAUAUCUAAGAUGUAAAAAAUCGAGAUAUAGUAUUGUGAAUCAUCAAACGGCGCAGAAAUACGAAAGACAUUACUUUGAAGAUUCCAAAACUAGAUUUGGGUUUUGUCAGUUUUAUAAUAUGGGCUGCAUAUCUGACGUAUCCGUUUUAUCUUUCACAUUUAUUAUCUAUGAUUAUUUCGUCUUCCACAAUUUAUUGACCUUUUUUAUAUUUUGCCGAAUCUUAUCAUUCUGAUAAAGUUUGCAGUUGAUAUAAUUUAGAACAAGUUUGGAGUAUGUCUAAAAUUGGGUUUUAAAAAGAUUUUCAAUUUUUGCACUUAAAAUAUGAAACAUAUUUUUUUUCCUUAGAUUUUUGAUUGAUAUUGCCUUCAAUUAGUAAUUAUUAGUCUUGCUUUUUUGUAUAAUUUUGUUUUUUGUCUGAUCCAUUUUCGUAGAUUAACUAAUGCUUAUGUUCAGUUAGACAUUUUGACAUACGUUAGAUUAUUUCCAUUUAUUUGCUUGAAAAUAUACAAUAGGAUCUAUUGCAUAAUAGAUAUUAAAUUAUUUAUCAACAUUUGGAGCCUAAUGACCCUAAACAUAUUUCAUUUGAAAAUAUCGUUAAAUGUCACCUGGAAGAGGUUAGAAUCCACAUUUAAAUAACGAAACGUCUGGUGAUGUCCAUUGGUUUUAAUUGGUUAGUACACGCUUCGGACCAAUGACUGGUAGACCAAUCACAAUCAAGCGACACGAUCACUCAUUUCGUUCACAGUUCACAAUGACAGUUAACAUCGAGCAAGUGAAUGGAAAUAUAGUUUUGAUAGUUUAGCUAGGGACAUUUAAUUUCUGUGAUACUUUACCGAUUUGGUAUAAGCGAUAUUAGUUGGUAAUUUAUAGGACGUGUGCGAUUGGAAUUUCUUAUUACAAAAAAUACGUAGGAUUAGGAUUGAUUUAUUUGUCGCAAACUUAGCAAACAAAAUUCUAAGUACUUUUGUCGUUAAGUCCUUUGAAUCGCGAUUGUAAAAUGAGUAUGUUAAUUGAUAUAUAUAAUAUUAGAACUAACCUAGAUUUAUGCUGUAUAUUAUUUGCUAAUUAAAUUGUAUUGAAGAUUGUAUUAUUUUAGUGUAUUCAAUAGCAAGCAUGUAACUCUAGUCAGUAAAACGUUCAAGAGCCGUAACAUUUUUUAUUGUUUUCAUAUAAUAGUAUUCAAACUAGUUUAUACAAUUUUGUAUUGUAUUUUUGAAUUUAUUAAAUUUCUGGUACGCCUAAAAUGUAGUUACAAAAGGUAUGUAGCAAUAAAAGUAGUUAAAUUUAAUUUGGCAUAGUAAAAUGAAAUUGAUUUUAAUGUGUCAAAAUAGAAUUGACAUUUGAAUUCAGGAACCAUAGAUUUUAUUAAUAACAAUUUUCAAUUGAGAUAAUAAAUUUGUAUUACUCCAAAUAUGUUUUAUGUUUAGGUAAAGGUAAAAUUUACGUAUCUACCGAGAUGACAUGCCACGACGUGUCAGUUUUAAAACGAUUGUAUUAAGCCUAGUUAUAGACGUUACUGUUAUACCACGGGCAAAAAAUAUUCGAUAUAAUACACGUGAUUACAAAUAGUCGCUUUAUUCGGACGAUAAAAAUUUUGUUCGUUGCGUGUAACGAGUUUUCGAAUUAUUUCUCGUAAAUAAUGUCGACAGUGUAGUUUCAGAUAGAAAAUGUACAAAGUCGCGCCUUACACUUUUUUACAUUUCUACAAUUAACCAUUGUUAUUGGCGAGACUUUUUACCAAUUUUACAUGUUAAUCGUUUACAUUUGAGAUUUUUAGGGUAUGCUUUCCUAAAAGUGGAUAAUAAAUUAUAAGUCGA